AUGAGUGUGAGUAUCAGAGAGAGGGAGCCCGAGCUGUUCCGUGUGGGCUGUCGUCCUGUGUGACGGUGGUAGCGCGUGCUGAGAGCCUUUCCGCCGAGCCGAGCGACCCGCGCGCCUCCGAAUGCCUCCGUUAAAAACAUCAAAACAUCCCCUUUCUCUCGCGCGCUCUCCGCCUGCCUGAACUCUGCUUCCGACUCCCGAGUUGAAGAUUAUCGACUAGCUGGCGUGCCCGUGCUAGUUCUCUAGCUAGCUCGGCUGCUACAGCCACAACUGCCACCAUCGUGUGGGAAAUGGAUUGAGGGCGCUGGUAUAGCCCGUGUCCUCCAUAUCCUUGAGGAGUCUGGUGUCCUGGAGAGGCGUCUCUCGUGUCCUGAGGCUCCGUGUGUCCUCGUGAGGAGCCUCUCUCUCGCAUCUCUCAUGUCCUUCUGAGGCGUCUCUUGGAGCCUUGUGUCUUCGUAGGAGCCCAGAGGAGCCUGGUGUCUCUGUAGGCGUCUCGUGGAGGAGUCUGGUGUCCUCGUGACGAGUCUCUCUCGGAUCGCUCAGGUCCUGGUGAGGCGUCUGGGCUGGGGUCCUCAGUAGGCGUCUCUUUGUGUCCUGUAGGCGUCUCUGUCCUGUGUGAGGAUGCAGACAUUGACGUUGGUUCGCGGCCGCCGCGUCGGCUUCUGGCUCAGCGAGAAGAAGAUGAAGAAACUCAACUUCACCGCCUUCACAGAGAUGUGCAGGAGGCGGGGCAUCGAGCUGGUUCAGUUGGAUCUAUGUCGCCCCCUGGAGGAUCAAGGCCCUCUGGACGCCAUCAUCCACAAACUCACAGACCUCAUGCUGGAUAACACACACACACACAGCCUGCAGCGAGUACAGGACUAUAUUGAUGCCCAUCCCAGCCUGGUGGUGUUGGACCCUCUGCCUGCCAUCAGAACUUUACUGGACCGCUGCAAAUCGUACCAGCUGGUGCAAACCAUAGAGGAACAUAUGCAGGAUGAGAGGAUCUGUUCUCCGCCAUUCAUGUUGCUGGAGGAGCCGUGUGGACCGAAUACACUGGAGAAGAUACACUCACACGGACUCACCUUCCCCCUCAUUUGUAAAACAAGAGUAGCACACGGAACCAACUCACACGAGAUGGCAAUUAUCUUCAGUGAAGAGGGUUUGUCUGCUGUGCGUCCUCCGUGUGUGUGUCAGAGUUUUAUAAACCACAACGCCGUGCUGCACAAAGUCUUUGUGAUCGGGGACACACACACUGUCGUGCAGAGACCAUCGCUCAAGAACUUCCCCCAAGGACCCACAGAUCGUGAGUCCAUCUUCUUCAACAGUCACAACGUCUCCAAACCAGAGUCCUCCUCAGACCUCACCUCGAGGGAGCAUGUGGAGGGUGUGUCCAGUCCUCCGUGUGACGACGUGAUUGGUGCGUUAUGCCGAGCGCUGCGGUGCAUGCUGGGAGUUUCUCUGUUCGGAAUCGAUGUCAUCAUCAACAACCAAUCAGGACAGCAUGCUGUCAUCGACAUCAACGCCUUCCCCGGUUACGAGGGUGUUCCAGAGUUCUUCUCGGAGCUCCUGAACCACAUCAGCUGCGUUCUACAGACCCCUCCCACAUCGGGCCAAGCCCCGCCCCUGCUGCCCCCGACAACCAUGGCCCUUCCCACCUCUCCCUCGGCGACCGAGGAGGAGGCGGAGCCAGUCAAGAGACUCUGUCUCACACACACACACGCUCACACACACGCUCAUGCACACACACACUCACACACACACACGCACUCACACUCAUCCGCCAUCCCGCCAAACUUCCAACAGCACUGUGUGGCCAGCCUGGCAACCAAAGCCUCCUCACAAUGAACACACACAUACACACACACACACACACACACACAAUACCUCCUCACAAUAGACACCCACGCAGAGACACUAUACACACACACACAAACACACACACACACACACACACUAUUCUCACCCCGCUACACUGGUAUCCAAGGCCUCCUCACAAUGAAUACACACUAUACACACACACACACACUAUAUAUAGACACACUUAUACACAUACUUAAUACACACAUACACACACAUAUUGUGUCUGUAUCAGAAGCACAGUACAGCUCUGGCAACCUGAUACCAUGACAGCCCCCUAUGAGGCAUCAGAACACAUCAAAUUCAGAUCUGUUAAUCCAGAUAUCCUGAUCUAGAUCUGUUAAUCUAGAUUUAGAUUUAGAAUCCACACCCCCGAUAGAAGGCCUCAAGACACAUCUAAUCCAGAUCUGUUAAUCCACAUCACAGCAUCAAGUGACAUCUCUUAAUCUGGAUAGAUUGCCUAAUCUCAGUAUCUUAAUCUAGAUUAAUCUAGCUCUUUCAAUCUGAUCUCCUAAUCUAUCUUUUAAUCUGAGUAUUUUAGUCCUAGGUCUCCUCUUCUCCAUCUGAUGGCCUCCUAGUCUGGGUGUGUUUUUCUGGGUUUGUGAACCUUUAUCCAUGAUAAAUGUAUUGGUCAGAAUAUAAGACAGGGUUUUGUUUAACCAAUAGUUCAAAAUCGGGAAUAUAGACAAAAUACAGCCGAAACAAUAUUUCCACGCAAAUGAUUUGACCACCGUGCCACAACGCUGAAUAGUGGAAAGAUCAAGAGGUCAAGAGUAAUCAAUUUUAUCAAAUUCAAGAGUGUUCAAUUUAAAUGUGAAAAACAAAACCCUCAGAUUUUCUUCCACUUAUUUAUCAUUAGUAUUUUGAAAUAUAAAUAAUUCCCUACAUGAAACAAAAUUUGGUCUUCAAAAGACGUUUUCCCAAAUAUGAAUCUGUAACCCCUGGGGGUUUCUAAUCCAAAAACAACCCCAUGGGGGCACGUCUUACAUGCUAUGGUGGCCUGUAAUGCAUAUAAUGUACCGUAUAUAACGUAAUUGAAGGGACUGUACAUACAGUAUAUAGUGGUAAUGAAGUACUGUAUAUGCUACCCUCACGUUCUUCUGUUCUGGCCAUUACGGUAUUAUGGGGUGUCACAUCUCAGCUGUGUUCUGUGCAUGUUGCCAUAACACCGCCCAAGCAAACGCACUAACACACACACACACACAACACGCACACAUUAACUGACACACUAACACUGUACACUUUUCUGUAUAUGAUCUUAGUGUGUUUCAAACUGUCUCCAUUCCUGUCUUUGUGGUGAAAUGCACACACGCACACCCACACACACGCACACGCACGCACGCACACACACACGCAUACCCACACACACCCUGUGUUUUUUUGCAUUGGGUUUAUAUUUCACUAUUAUUCACUACUAUAAGGGAAAACUGCAGUUGGCUCAUACGACAUUGGAAUACUUCAUAUCACCUCACCUCACUCUCUAUCUCUAUCUCUCUGCUUUCUUCUCUCUCUCUCUCUCCAGCAGCCACACAUGCAGUGCAGUGAUGUGUGUGUAUGUGUGUCUCCAAUGUGACUUAUGACUCCAGUGUGACCUUUCACCUUUCCCAGAAUGCAAUAGCAUAGCCACCCCCCCCCCUUCUCCAUAACCACACCCACAUCCACAAAGCCAAACCCCUUACUGUGUGUGUAUGUGUGUCUGCGUGCCUGAGUGUGUUGUGGUGUAUGCCUGUAAUAAUUGCCAUGGAUAUCUGUUUAUGGUGUGUGUAUGGUAUGAUAGUUGAACGAGUGUUAGGUGUGUGUGUGUGUGUGUGUGCGUGCGUGCGUGCGCGUGUGUGUGUGUACAUAAGUGAAUAUGUGUGAGCCUGAAGAACAGGUCUAUAUAGAAAUAUAUAUAUAUAUAUAUGGAGGUGUGUAAUGUGGACAGGCCUAUAUCGAUAUGAAUAUACCUGUAUACAGCAUAUUGAGGUGUGUGUAUGUGUGUGUGUCUGAAAGAGGUGUGUACUGUACUUUAAGGAGAGUGAAAAUGAGAGAGUGCGUGUGUGUGUGUGUGUGUGUGUGCAGACGUGAUAUGAACUAUUAAAUCUUAUCUAAAGGACAUUUAUGGUGUUUUGUAUCAAGUCUCGAAUGAUUCAAAUACACUUUUGUGAUUUUCUAAAAAUAACUAAAAACAAAUAAACAAGUGAACAUAAAUAAAUAGAUGAAUAAAUGAAUAAAGAAAUCAAGUCCGGACUAUAAAUGACAUGAAAUGGCGUCUGAUUGUCUCUGAAGUGCAAGUGUUGGUGUGUGUGUCUGUCACAGGCACACUUCUAGCCUACUCACACAUAUACACACACACGCACACAUAUGUCCAGAUUAAC